GGAAGGGCGGGGAAGUUUCCGGGCUCUUGGGGUUAAAAGGGAAGGAGUGGCCAGGGGUCCCUGGGCAGAGGAUUCCAGCGGCCCACACGGCAGGGCAGAGGCGCUUGUCUCCCCCCUCCUUCCCUCCGGCGACUCCCAGGUCCUGACCAUGAGACCCCCGCACCUCCGCCUCCCCGCUGUCUGUGGCGCCCGGGCGCCGGCGAAGCUGCUUCUGCCCCUGCUGAUCGCGCAACUCUGGGCCGCGGAGGCGGCCUUGCUCCCCAGAAACGACACGGACACGGAGCACGUGCCGUCCGGCGCCCCGUGCGCGCGCGGCUCACAGCCCUGGCAGGUCUCCCUCUUCAAUGGCCUCGCGUUCCACUGCGCGGGCGUCCUGGUGGACGAGAGUUGGGUGCUCACGGCCGCGCACUGCGGGAACGACAAGCCGCUGUGGGCACGCGUCGGGGAUGACCACCUGCUGCUGCUCCAGGGCGAGCAGCUCCGCCGGACCACUCUCUCUAUUACCCACCCGAACUACAUCCCGGGCUCAGGCCCUAUUCUGCCGAGGCGGACCGACGAGCACGACCUCAUGCUGCUGAAGCUGGCCAGGCCCGCCGUGCUGGGGCCUCGCCUCCAGACCCUGCGCCUGCCCUACCGCUGUGCCCAGCCUGGGGACCAGUGCCAGGUUGCUGGCUGGGGCACCACAGUCGCCCGAAGAGUGAAGUACAACAGGGGCCUGGGCUGCUCCACGGUCACUGUCUUGAGUCCUCAGGAGUGUGAGGUCUUCUAUCCUGGCGUGCUCACCAGCAACAUGAUGUGUGCGGGCCUGGACCAGGGGCGGGACCCCUGCCAGAGUGACUCCGGUGGCCCUCUUGUCUGUGACAAGACCCUGCAGGGCAUCCUUUCUUGGAGUGUUUACCCCUGUGGCUCUGCUCCGCGCCCAGCUGUCUACACACACCUCUGCAAGUACGUCCCCUGGAUAGAGAGAACCAUACGCUCCAACUGACCCCAUGCCCUGCCAGUCCUCCAGCAUCGGCCCUCUUCUCCUUCAUCCAUAGUCCCCGCCCCAUUCAAACUGCAGCUGCCCUCCACGCCUGCUGGUGUGUUCAAGAGAAGGGAGGACGCUGGUGGUCACCUAGGCUCUGAGAGAAGUUGUCAGUCCCCCAGUCUAACUAUCUCUGCCACUCCCUGCUGUGUGACCUUGAGCAAGACAAAUGCCUUCUCUGGGCCUCAGUUUCUCACCUGGAAAAUGGGGAUAAUGAAGUGCCUACCUCAUAGAUGCAUUGUGAGAGGACUAGGAUAUAAUGUGUGUGGUAGAUUGUUAUGGUAAUUACCAAUAAAACAUUCAUACAGUGGGUGGUGAGCUCUGACUAAA